CGUACUUGCUGGUUGUAUUUUGCGAUAACUUAUGUCGCCGGUUUCAGACAGUGCUUUGUAUUUUUAUUAAAAAAAAUUACCGCAAGAUGUGGUCACUCACGCGUAUUCCACAGCUUUUAUUAUGAAGCUCAAACCGGAUGCAGUCGCUGUUGCAGAGCGAGAGCUUGACGCCCCGCUGCUUAAUAAUCGCUCCGACGGGGUCUCUGAAUGUUAUUAUCGCCGGGAGAACGGCUGAAUUGAGGCUGCGGAUUGAGACAGAAGCACGGGAGAAAUGACAGCGUCUAAAGAUCCGGUCAGGAAAAAGCCGAAGGACUCUCAACAGGACGAGGAGUUUGUGGACGUCAGCCCCCCACAGAGGAACUGGAAGGGCAUCGCCAUCUCUCUCCUGGUAAUAGUGGUGGUCUGCUCGCUCAUCACCUUGUCCGUAGUUGUCCUCACACCCACUGAGCCUCCAGAAAGCAGCAAGUCCAAGCUGACCGUGGCGGAUCUGUUCAAACCCGAGUUCCAGAUUCACGACCCGGAAGCCAGGUGGAUCAGUGAUUCAGAGGUGGUGUACAGAAACAGAGACGGUGAUGUCAUCAGGUUCAACUUCGCCCUGAAUGAGACAGAAGUCAUCUUGAAGAACACCACGUUUGUGUCUUUCAAGGUGGCAAAAUAUUCACUCUCUCCAGAUCUGAAGUAUGCACUCUUCGCAUACGAUGUCAAACAGGUGUACAGACACUCGUACACGGCGUCAUAUAUUGUGUACAACAUCAACACGAGGGAGGUAUGGGAGCUGAACCCACCUGAGGUUCAAAACUCUGUUCUCCAGCAUGCAGCCUGGGGAAGGCAGGGACGGCAGCUGAUCUACAUAUUUGAGAACAACAUCUACUAUCAGUCAGAUGUGAAGAGCAGCUCUCUGAGAAUCACCUCCUCUGGGAUGGAGGGCGCCAUCUUCAACGGGAUAGCUGACUGGCUGUAUGAAGAGGAGAUACUGCACUCACACCUGGCUCACUGGUGGUCGCCUGACGGAGAGCGGCUGGCCUUCCUGAGGAUCGACAACACCCUGGUGCCUAACAUGGCUCUGCCGCAGUUCACUGGCAGCACUUACCCCCGAGGAAUCCAGUACCCCUACCCAAUGGCCGGUCAGAGGAACCCAACUGUCAAGCUGUUUGUUGUCAACCUGUUUGGCAUUACGAACACUCUGGAGCUCCAUCACCCAGAUCAGCUCAGACUCAGAGAGUUCUACAUCACCAUGGUGAAGUGGAUAAACCACACACGCCUUGCUGUGCGGUGGGUCAACCGUCCCCAGAACGCCUCCCUUCUGACGGUCUGUGAGGCAACAACUGGAGUCUGUCACCAGAGACAUGAAGAGUCCUCAGACACAUGGCUCACCAGGCAGAGUCAGGAGCCGCUGUUCUCGGAGGACCUGAGCAGGAUUUUCCUCACAAUGUCUGUCAGACACGGAGGUCACAGAGAGUUCCACCACGUCGCCAUGUUCUCUAAAAAGUCGAGAAGCGACCCGGUUGAAGUUCGCCACUUAACAUCUGGAAACUGGGAGGUGAUCAGAAUCGUAGCUUACGAUGAAAGCAAAAACAUCAUAUACUUUCUGAGCUCUGAGAAGGCGCCACAACAGAGACAUUUAUACAGUUUGUCGACCAAUGGCUCAUUUUCAAAGGAAUGCCUCACCUGUGACAUGACGAAAGACUGCUUGUUCUUCGACGCCGACAUCAGUCCAAACGCACAGAACGCCAUCCUGCACUGUCAAGGUCCUGGUAUUCCAGCUGUGCUGCUUCUCAGCUUCAGCAACAUGGACUCAUACUUCAUCCUGGAGAGCAACGUUCCUCUACGAUCUGCGCUGGACGCCAGAAGGACGUCUGAGACGGAUUUCCUGAAUGUCACUCAGGACAACUUUGAGCUGCCUCUGAAGCUCACUUAUCCUCCUGACUUCUCAGACUCUUACCUCUACGGCCUUCUCCUCGUCAUAGGCAGCACUCCAGGCGAACAGGCGGUGACGGAGAAAUUCGGGUUGAAUUGGGGCUUGGUGCUUGCCGUAUCGGAGCAGGUCAUAGUGGCUCAGCUCGACGGCAGAGAACCUGGGUUUAGAGGUCAAAGAUUGCCUGAGCAGGUUUACUACAGACUUAAGACGGUGGAUGUCGAGGACCAGAUAGCGGCUCUGGAAUUCCUGGUGAAGCUGCCAUAUGUUGAUCGGACUCGUAUUGGAGUUUAUGGACAGGGUUAUGGGGGUUACAUCACUCUGAUGAUGCUGGAUUCAGGAAGGUUGAUAAGAUGUGCAGCUGCUCAGGCUCCCAUCAUUGACUGGACCAUGUACGCCUCAGCCUUCUCAGAGAGAUACUUCGGCUUGCCUUCAACAGAGGACAGCAGAUACCAUGCAUCCAAAGUGCUGCCCGGCAUGAAAGGUCUGGAGGGAGGAACUCUGUUUCUGGCCCACGGCACUGCUGACGCGAACGUUCACUUCCAACACUCUGCUGAGCUCAUUAAACAUUUAAUAAAGAUCGGAGCCAACUACACUAUGCAGAUCUACCCGGACGAAGGCCAUUUCCUGUCGACACGCAGCCGGAUUCAGCUGACUCACUCUCUAAUUGGAUAUUUCAGGGGCUGCUUGCUUGACACGUCAUUGUUGCUCGAACAGCGGGACGACGAGUGAAAGGAGGACGGGGUUUAUUAACGUGUGCGGAAGACCAAAUGUGUCUGUUCUAAGCCAGUAGCGCCACGUUUGAUGGACGAAAUCAGUUUCUGUGUGACAUAUCAGACAUAUCCAAUGUGCUCUCACAGUGCAGCAGCUGUACAUUCAGUGUUGUUAGCCAGACUGUUGUUAUCAACCCGACUGGGAAGUUUAAGGCCAAACUUGCUCUGAUACAACGAAAACAUUGUCUCCUUCAAGAUAAUUCUUCAAUUUAGUAAGAUUUUUCUGAUUUAUUUAGUUUAAAAAUCCAAUACCAAAGUGUUUUUUACAGUAGAAUAAACAGAAAUAAGUGUCUUCAGGUCCUUUCUCAAAGAAGAGACUAAAAUUGGAAUGAAAUGUUAAUCGACUAAUCUUCUGAAAAUACAAGAAUCAGGCCUUUUUCUCUUGGGGUCACUUCCUUAAGUUUCCUUGCGGGGGCGCUGUACUAUGAAGACAACUUCAGAAGCAGAAGAGUAAGAUGACCAAAACUUUAAAAAGAAGAAAAAAGUAAUCUCUGUAAACUUUUGGAUUGCCUUGUCAUUUUGGAUUUUUUAUUUUUUAUUUUUUGUUAUUAUUAUUUUUUUAAACAUAAGAGAUGUAUAAGUUUAGGAUUGUUUUGCGUUUAUUUAUGGUCACAGAGUAGCUAUGCUGACAGUAUUUGUACGGUGGAAUGUCAUUGGGUGUUGUAAUUUAGUGUCUAGUUCACUCAAGAUUAGUCAAAAUUUGCUCAAUUUAAAUACAUGAAACUGGCUGUAUUAUAUGAUUUUUGAAAGCAGGUUUUUGUGAUUUGAUGAUUUUUUUUUUUUUACAUUCGCAAAUUAAGAUGGAAACAAAUUUGAACUAUAAUGCUUAUGAAGAAAUAUGUUUUCACUGAAAUCAGACAUUAUACCUUUCCACUUCAAAAAUACUAUUUUUUAUUAUCCCAAAGUGAAAUUCAAUAUUACUCAUAAUAGUAGUUUUAAACAAUCGUUGUAAGUUGUCGGCCAAAAGCUCCUCUGACAGCAGUCAGUCUUGCAUCAAAUCUGGAGAAGCCUCUGACUAAAGACUACUGCUGUUUGACAUGCUAUUCUAGAAUACGUUUUCUACGUUCAGCUAUGCUAAACCAUUGACAGUCCAAUCCAAUUCUUUACAAUUUCAAUUCCGUAUCUUUACUUUUAAAUGUAUAAUUUCAAAAACUAUUGUCUGAAAAAGAAAACACAGUUGUUUUGUAUAAUUUUUAUUCCAAAAAGAUGCAUUGCAAUUUAUUCCCAAUUCAAUCCAGCGUUAAAAUCAAGUUGCAAAUCAGUCCAAUGUUCAUUUCUGCGACACAAAAUUCCUUUUGAAAUUUAGGAACACAAUUCAUUGAUUAUUUUAAAUCACUAUAAUCACUUUCAGGAAUGUCUGAGAACAAGUUCUGUCAUUUUUAUUAUCCUUAUGUAUCAGCAGACAUUUGAAAACUAAGUUGUCAUGGCAGUAUUUUUUUUCUACAGACAUUUAAAUAUUUUUUUGUAAUGCCAAAAUACUGAGUAAACAAGAUUUUAAUCUAGUUAUAUUUUACACUGUACAAAAAAAAUGCUAUACUUCAAACACCGUCCACCUCAAAAACAUUCACUUUCCAACAAAAAGUACGAAACAUUUAAAGCUUUAUUCUAAUGUCAAUUUGAAUCCCCAUUAAAUUUAAAUCUUACAUUUUAAAAAAAAUACGUUUUAAACCUGUCUCACGGGUGGAAAGUUUCAUUCUUACUUUUUUUAUUUUACAUUAUUUUUAUUAUUACAUUAUUGUAGGGCAACUCAGCCAGCUUGUACACAGCAUCAGCGCUAACUAAAUGUGUAAUCUUUGAGGUUAAUGUGUGUUUUCUCAACAGUCUUCUGGGUGUUUGUACAGAUUUAUUACUUCUAAGAGUAGAUAUUUAUUAAUGUCACACCAGUUUUGUGGUGUUUUCGUUCGAGUCCAGGUGACAAUCUUACAUAUUUUGCUGUAAAAUUCAACUUUUUUUUUUUUAUAGUUCGUGUAAGCUUUUUGUUAUUUUUCGUUUCCCCCGAUUGUCCCUUUAAUUACUCCCACGUCAAAACUCAAGCAGUGCUUUGCUUGUGAACCUCAUUUCCGGAGGGUCCUGACCAAGUUACACGUGGACACUCAAAUUAUUAUUAUAAAUUAUUAUAUGAAAUGGCUGAUUCAUACCCACAUAGACAAAUGUGCAUACCUACAUAUGGAGGGCGGCAGCCUUCUUUGGAAAUAUUAAGUCUUGAAACUACUGUAGGUUUUGGAUGAAUGAGGAGAUUGUUUUUUUUAUUUUAUUUUAUCUUGCUGUUUAUUAAAGAUUAACAAAAGUUUCAUAUUUUUGUUGUUACUUAAAUCAGUGCAAAUAAAGAACCUAAAGAUCACAUUUUUCCACGGUUACGCCUCUCCUCACGGCCAUGCUAACUAAAAUUAGCCAUUUAUUUCACAAAUUGAAAUCAGAAUUUUUGAAAUAAGUGAAAACCAAAAAUUAUAUU